GGCUGUUUUACAACAAUUCAAGAUUGGGGCAUCAUGAGCACAUCUUGGGUGGAUACCCCGGCCGUCGUAGUGGACGAAGCUCGCUUGCAACGGAACAUCGUUCUCAUGCAAGAGCGUGCUUCAAAGCACAACGUCAACCUCCGCCCUCAUGCGAAGACGCACAAGAGCAUUGACAUCGCCAAGAUGGUCCUCGCUGCAGGUGCUGUGGGUGUGACCGUGUCCAAGCCUCUCGAAGCCCGAAAGUUCAUCGAAGCUGGCUUUCGUGACAUCACCCUCGCAUACCCCGUUGUUGUGGAAGAGAAAUUGAACCUUACGAUCCGUGCUGCCAAAGAGUACGGCACAACCUUCAACCUCACAGUCGAGAGCGUGGUGGGCGUUAAGGUGGCUGCGUCGAGCGCUGCGAAGAACGAUUACGUCCUGAACGUGUUGAUCCAUGUGGAUGUCGGAUACCAUCGCGUUGGCGUCGAAGAAAACGACCCCCGACUUGCGGAGCUCGUGGCGCUCAUUCAAGGAUCCCCAUCGUUGAAGCUAAUUGGCAUCCUUUCGCAUGCUGGGCAUUCCUAUGGCGCCAAGUCGCGUGAACAGUGCGAAGAAAUCGGUGAAGUCGAGCGCCAAAUCAUGUUGCGCGUCAAGGCCACGAUUGAAAAGUUGGGGUCUCCCAUCUCUGUCGUGUCCGUCGGCAGCACCCCCACCGAACUGUGUCGCACAAACUACGAAGGCAUCACCGAGUUGCGUCCUGGGAAUUACGUCUUUCAAGACCGAACGCCCGUGCGAGCUGGCGUGUCCACGGUGCAAAACGUAUCAUUGACGGUCGUGGCCACGGUGGUGAGCACCAACGCCUACUACUUUAUCAUCGACGCCGGCUCCAAGGUGCUCUCUGCCGACACCGCGCGGGGAAGCGGGGACUUUGGCAGCAAUUGCUACGGCCUCGUGUUUCGCGAGCAUGAGUUUGACGAGGUGACGACAGAGCCCACCGACUUCGAGUGGACGCUUCCGUCUGGCGACCGCAGCGUGUGCUUCGAAGUGAAGAAGCUGUCGGAAGAGCACGGAUGGGUGGCGCACGCCCCGGCGGGUCCGGCGACGUCCCCCCAAGUGGGUGACCGCGUGACCAUCUUGGUCAAUCACUCGUGCCCCGUGGUGAACCUCUGCAAUCGCCUUAGCGUCAAAACCAAGGACGGAUCGUUCCCCAAGUACAUUGACUUGAUCUCCCGCGGCUGCUGCCAAUAAAUAUCAAAUGGCCCAGAAUAUAUAGUAUUUCAAUAUCACAUGUACAAACAUCCAUACUUCAUCAUAUUUUCC